AUGCAGGAUCCAACCACCCCGUCCAAGCCGCCGUCAUCCCGCCAGCCCUCAUCCCUGGCUUGUGUAUCCUGUCGCCGCCGCCAUUUAAAGUGCGAUGCCCUGCUGCCCGCCUGUACUCGCUGCCGGUCCACCAAUGCAGAGUGUCAUUAUGUACGGUCGAGGCGAGGACUGCGUACCAAACCGACCAAUCAAUCCCCCCAGGGCUUCGACGAGCAAAUGUUGACCGCAGACGAUUUUGCUACAUGGCUGAACGCCACCACUCUAGCAACAGACUUGGAGGCAGAUCCGGCACUUCUCCAUGGGCUCGAAACGCCCCCAGUAUGGGACAUUCCGUGCCUCCAGGAUGAUACAACCACAGCCACCUGGCCCGAGCCGGAGCCGCUCACAGCCAUGACCCCUGAGAUAGCCUAUGAUCCAAUGGUGCAGUUAUACUAUCAGAAUUUUCACCGGUCACAUCCUUUCUUGAUACCGAGGAAGGUCCUUCAUUCUUCUCUUCGGCAUCGAAUACCCCCCUAUAUCACAGGUAUUAUGCGUUACAUCGGCGCACAUUACUACCCGGACGUGAGAUUCAAGGAGGAAUUCCGGAGGGUGGCGUAUACGGUCCUCUCUGAUGCCACCCCGCGGGACGGGUUCAAAGUUCAGGGACUGUUGUUACUUGCAAUCAUUGAGCAUGCCCAUGGCCAAGAAGAGAACGCGCAUUUGAAAGUCCAAAUGGCUAUUGAUCUCGCCCUGGAGCUGGAUAUGAACCGCGCUAGUUUCGCUCCCAUCAACUCUGAAGGUAAUUCGGUACUCGCCGAAAGCUGGCGGAGGACGUUCUGGGAACUGUAUGUUGUAGACGGGUUGUUGGCAGCUAUGCGAGGUCAAAGCUCGUAUCGUCUAUAUUCCCAUAAGGCAGACGUGCGACUGCCUUGCGCUGAGGAGCUUUAUAACUCCGCAAGUGAGAUCACGCCAAAUACACGGACUCUGAACGAUCUCAAACAGAGCUGGUCUCUAGACCAUUGCAGCUCCUCCUUCACUUACCGAAUUGAAGCUGCGCAGAACCUCGGGCUAGUCAUGGAAGUGAACCGUUCACUGGAUAUUGACCUUGAAGCCCGGGUUGAGACGGUUGACGCCGCUCUUGUCUCAUCACUCAUGCAACUACCUUCAUCUCAGGAUAGCGCCUCUUUAGACAGCUCGAAUAUUGACGAAAUGCUCUUCCAAGCAGAGAUGAUCAACUACCUCGCACUGAUAUACCUCCACCACCCACGUUCCAGCAUGCGCUUUGCUUCCUUCCACGCUCGCACAUGGUGCACUCGGCUCCGGAUCUGCAACAACAACCCGUCACCGACGGACCUGGAUCUGCAUUCGCAGAAGUUCCUGCGGGCGGCGGAUAUGUUAUCCAAUCUCGUUACUUUGCCCAGUACGAUCAAGUCCCGGACCCCUUUCUUUACAUGUGCGCUGGCAAUGUGCGUUAUUGUGCACACGGCAGCAUGCCUGGUCAUGUCGGCCCCUGAAAAGGUUGAGUCGCUCAAGACGCGAAUUCAACUGAGCAUUGGGGGCCUGAAUAUGCUCGGCAAGUCCUGGCCGUUGGCGAAAAUGGUGAGGCAGCAGAUGGUGAACAUGUAUCAAGAAGUCGGGCUGCGCUGA